AUGUGGGGAGGCAAAACCAGCUUGCAAAGCUAUUGCGGCACCACUCGUCACGGCUUUCAUGUUCGAAGUGUGCAUGUGUUGCACGGGUUGUACACCUCCAAGGAGACGUGUGGUUCUGUCAACCUCUACGACCCGACGAGGCAUUCCAAGGAGCUGGGCGGAAACAUCAUCCGCGCCGUUGUCGCUCCCUAUCCGCCUUGGGUGAUCCAGCGCAACUCAUCCACUGGCAUCUUUGGCUUGACGGGAUUUGACUGGAGAUCAACUGUUUGGUGCUUUUUGGAGAGCAACAUGGAGUAUGGCGGGCCGAGCUACGAUUUCUUGCAAAGCGUUCUGAACUUGUUCGAUCCCCCUGCGCAGCUGAAUCUGCUCCCGGGCUGGGCCACGGAACAGUCUCGGCAGAGGUUCAGCAGCAGCUACACCGCAUGCGUGCACGAUGUCGCAGUUGGAAAUUUCGAUAUUUGUAUUGCAGACCUGUGGCUCACGCCGAAUCGCCAUAGAUUGGCUUGGUUCCUGCCAACUAUCCGGCAGGACCUCUUCUACUUGGUCGUGCCACGAAAGUUCGACGAGGUGACCUUGCUGUCUUAUUUACAAAGGCCUUUCCUUCCCUUCACACCAGAUGCUUGGCUGGGAGUCUUCGCCUUUCUUUGUGGCCUGUCGGCGGUGCUCUGGCUGGUCCGGCUUUGUGAGACGCCCGCCAAAGAGAGACAAGGCUGCCAGUGGAGCUUGCAGGAAUUGGGGAACUUCUUGUUCAACACUUGGCACGAUUUCCUUCUUGGCCAGAGCAGUCACGAGGUCGAGAGAGGCCUAGCGCACAAGCUGUUCAGCCUCGCGUUUUCCUUCUUCAUCCUUGUCACACUUGCCAGCUACACUGCGAGCCUGGCAUCUAUGCUAGUAGUUCAGCGAGAAGCUUCUGGAGAGAUCAACAGCAUCGACGAUGCCAUCACAGCCGGCGUCCCAAUCUGCGCACCCGCAGUUCUGACACCAACCUUCAGCACCUUGUUCGGGGCCGCCACCUUUGUUGACUGCGAUGCCAUCGCCGAAUGCGCCCGUAUUUUGCAUUCGGGGAGAUGUCGAGCCAUGAUCGUCUCGGAGGAUAUCAUCACCAGCUUGCACGCGGGAUUGAUCCAGCAAGCCGACUGCGAUGAUGUGAACGCUGGAAGAGUCUCCGAAGAAGUGGGCCGAUGCACGACCACUGAGACUAACUCUGGCAACGCACGAAACGAUUGCGAGCUCCUGCGCGUGGGAGACCUUCUUUGGAGCGUGCCUCUGUCUUUCCCGAUCAGCGAGAGGUUGGCUCACGGCAUGUCGUGGGCCGUCACUCAAGCCAUUACUGCCGGGCUGUUUGAACGGGCGAAAGACUCAGAACUCAACAAGGAAGCUUUUCCAUUGUCGCAGUGCGCAGUCGUCGAAGAUCGAAGCGAAGAAGACGGUCUCACGCUGGCAGACCUCACUGGCACAAUCGUCAUCUCCAUGUUCAUGGUGGGCUUCGGAUUGGUUUGCUUCACCGUCCAGGUGCUGCGCCGUGAUGGGCGGGAACUGCUGCAACGCAGCCGCACCUUCGGGCAGACAACAGCAGAGCCUGAGGUUUUGGAAGAGGUACGGACCCUAACAGGGCAGGAGAAGUGCUUGGAGACAGCGGUGACAGAUGCUGCGACAAGCCCGGCAGUGUCCUGGGAGAUGGGUUCGCAGGAUGCAGACCAGGAGCCGUCAGAUCCAGCGCCGGAUCCCGUACCAAUCCAGGAGCCCCGCGAAAGCAGGGCACAAACAUCUCCCCUGGCAGAGGAAUGGCAGCAUCGCAAUGAGGCGCUGAAGGCGGGGCAGCUACCCCUCGCGAUCGCCUGCUACACCAUGGCCAUCUCAGCGAUUCGGCCGCUUGCGGAGACUGCUGCCAAUCUCAAGCAGAAUGCCGCAGUUUACUCCUCCAACCGGUCGGCAGCCUUCGCGAAAUUAAAGCAGUGGUACUUCUCGCUGGGUGACGCUGAAGAAGCUGCUCGACUCAGUCCUCAGUGGUACAAGGCACACCUGCGGAUUGCCACGGCGUACCUUGGGCAGGGACAUGCCGAGCAUGCGUACAAGACGUACCUCUUCGCCAGCGAGCUGCCUCAGGGCUAUGCAGAAGCCAUGAAGGAAUGCGUGCACGCGCUGUGGCAGAUCCCUUUGCUGGAGUCACCUUUAGCCAAAAGGCGAGUGAGCAGAUUUGACGAGGACAAGAACAAGCCGCGAGGCUCGUGCCGAAUCUUCGCCAUCUCCGACGUGCACAUUGACCACGGUGGCUCCGUCUUGAAGUGGGCUGAAGGCAUCAACGACAAGGAGUUCAAGAACGACAUAUUGAUCGUUGCGGGCGACCUCGGUGACACGUUCAAUGCCAUCAAGUCGGAGAAGCAGGGUGCUGAUGCUUUAAAGGGCGGCGAUUCCUCGGAUUCCGAAGUGGCCAUGCAGAAAUGGUCUCAGCUCACGAGCCGCCUACAACGGCACACUGUGAGGGGCGUUCGCACUGCUCUAGAAGCACACAGCGGGGCACCCACAGCAGCACUCCGCCACGGCGAUGGGACAGCGCACAUCGACGCAGGCUGCAUGCGGGCGCCGAAUUUCACGUGCCACCCAGGAGGCGACAAGGACGUCAGCGGUCUUGGUGCAGGGGACUCGGAGCUGUUGGCCAAGUUCCUCACAGAGGAGGAAGCAGAUCAGGCCUUCAAGGCGCUCUGUCCCGGCGGCGAGAUUGAGUAUCAGCAGUGGUACCACAUGCCAGACAAGAAAAAGCCCUACCAGCCUUUGAAGCGACUGCAGCGGGUGAAGGUGGCCAUGGCAGAUCCGCAAGAAAGGGGCCUUCCAUGGUAUCGCUUCCCUGUCAAUGAUCAGCAGCGCUACGGGAUCCUUCCAAUGUCACCGACGGUGCGCAUGCUCUGCGAUCGCGUGAACCAGAGGCUGAAUGGAUCCUUCAACCAUGUAGUUGUCCUUUACUACGCGGACGGCAACGAGUGCAUCGGCUACCACAAGGAUAAGACGCUGGACCUGGAUGAGAAUUCCUCUAUCGUCAGCAUCUCCCUGGGACGACCCGGGCGGCCUUAUGUUCUGCGGGAUGGCAUCUUCAAUCCAACCACUGAGACGGAGGUCUUGCUGCCGCAUGGUGGCCUGUUUAGGCUUGGGCCGGAGACCAACAAGACCUUCUACCAUGCUGUGCGCCAGACGGAGACUCCCGAAAAUGCGGGGGCACGGGUAUCCAUCACCUUCCGGCAUGUGAUUUCGUACGAGACAGCAGGCACAUUGACAGGCAAAGGCGCAGAGUUCCCAACCUUGAACUGGCCGGUGCAGUUGAAUGGCCAACAUCGCCUCGAUGAAGACCUGGACCAGGCCCUUGAGCGGCCGGAGUCUGCAGCCGCGCCGAAAGCUACAGUGUCAAAGAAGGUUGCUGGUCCGCAGCUGUCUCCGGCAGAUGUCGAGCUGCUCCGAACGUGCCUUGCCGAAGCGUCGCUGGAGGAUUUUUUCGUGGCGAAUGACCUCAAGGGCGCUGGCCUGGCUGCCCGCGCCGUGAUGCUGGAAAAGGUGGGAGAAGCACGCGGUGCUGAGCUUUCCAAGGCGCUGGGAAGCCGCAUCGGCGAGGCAUACCAUGCCUGGAAGAAGGCGACACGAGCCAAGCCAGAGCCCGCGGCAAUCCCGGCAGCUCCGCUGGAGACGCAAGCCACGACCCCAGCAACGGCCGACGCCCGGCCCGCGGAGCCUGCUUGGUCGUUGGGAGGGAUGCUCUCACGUUGGAUCUGGGGUGAGCCGGAUCCUACACCCGAGGAGUUGCUGACAUACUGGUUCGGCGUCGAGCCCUACAAGUUCCGAGGAGGCCUCUGGUGGCGAGGAAUUGAUCCGGCUAGCCCUUUGGACGGCCAGGAGGGCACGGACCAGCGCAUCCUAAACAAGUACGGCACCUUGAUCCGCAGCUGCCAGCAUGGAUUGGCCAAGUCCAAGGUAGCAGCCUGGGCGAAUACGUCAGAGGGAAAGGCCGCGCUGGUGGUUCUGCUCGACCAGAUGCCCCGGAAUGCUUUCCGUGGCACCGCGGAGAUGUUCGCCUACGAUGCCUUGGCGCAGGAAAUGGCGACGAAGCUGCUGCAAUGCGAGCAAGUUCCCUGGCCGCACGCGACCUUCGCCCAAGUGGCGCUCAUGCACUCCGAGGAUGUGGCGACGGUGGAGGCAUCGGCUUUGGGCCUGCUACGUUUGGCUAGCGAAGUGGAGCCGCAUAUUGCGAACCGGCUCAAGUCUAUGCACAACGAGGCCAAGACGCACUCCUCGGUGCUGCGCAGCUUCGGCCGUUACCCCCAUCGCAACGAGCUUCUGGGCCGCGAAAGCUCUGCGGCAGAGCUCAGCUGGCUUCGGUCCAAGAAUCUUUGCAGAAGGAGCCUCCCGUCCUGGGCCCAGUCUGUCCGCCCAAAGUUCCAGAAGAAGCUGGAGGGUGAAAGCCAGGAGGUGCAGAAGAUCCCCGACCUCGUUGCACAGCCAAGCGGUCCCAAGCUACGCAUACUCGUGCUCCACAGCAACCGGCAGAAUGCCGGCGACUUCAAGCGCAAAACCCGAGGUCCCCUAGAACCUUUGGAGGCUGUUGCGGAUCUCCACUACUUGGACGGGCCACAUGUCUACACGCCGAUGGGCGAGGCUCAUGACUCCGUCGGGAAGUUGGGGGCCAACGCUCCAAAAAACCGGUGCUGGUGGAAUGCAACCGACGACCCGGCCACGAUGCGUUAUGUCGGCCUGGAAAAAACGUUGGAGCACGUGGAGAACUGCUUUCACGAGCACGGCCCUUUCGAUGGUGUCAUGGGCUUCUCGCAGGGUGGAUGCCUUGCUGGUCUCCUCGCAGCUUUGCAGCCACGACCCUGGGCUUGA